GGAUGGUUGUCUGUCCGUGGGUUGCUUCGCCAGCAGAGUGCUCUUGUUGCGGGAACCGAUUCUCAUCUCACUUUCGGUAGAGAACGCGAUUCGUCCGGACGUGCGGAUCUUGCGUGUAGGUACGGUUCGCGGUCGCUUGAUGAAGGAAGAGCUGGUUCUGUUUCGGUCGACAACGCGGUGUGCUUCGAUUUUUGAUUAUUGUGCGUGUUGUUUUUGUGCGAUUGGGUAUUCAACUGCAAUCGAUUGACCAAUAAUAAUUGCAGCGUAAUCCAAGUUCAAGUUGGAGGCUUCCGCCUCCCCGUCCAGGAUGUUCCGCUGGUGAUAGCUGGCGAGUGGUCUAAAUAAAACAGAGGCUGUGUCCGAGUUUUUGGGAGUUGUGCUGCGGCGUGAAAGGAAACUAAUGUCCAUUCCGGAAGAAUAGAUUCUAGUUCUGAAAGGAAUUUUAGAAGUAAUAAAGCAUAGGACAUUCCUACGCAUUCCGGGAGAUUAGCAUUCAGUGUUGUAUCUGUGGUCAUCUUCAGAAUGUUUUGAAGAAAGUGUUGGUGUUCUAACGAAGUUAUUGGUACGGGAGAGGUUUGCAUGGGAACGAAAAUAAUUUUGUGAAAUUCUGCAUCAAUUCAACAGAAAUCAUUGAUUAUUGUUCUGCUAAAAGAUUGUGCAGUGAGAAGCAAUAAGGAAGUCUGAAAGUAGUGAAAUCUGGCAAUGGAAUCAGUGUGAUGUGAAUUUCUUCUGCAGAUCAUCAAGGUGAGAAUCCAAUAAUAGUUUUCCGUAGGAGCAAGCGGAACGGCGAUAUAUAAACAAAAGAAGCAAAAUAACGUCGCACCCGUUGUAUCGCAGUGGAAAAGGCGAGAGGGCAGACAAGAACGUCGCGAAAAGGAACCGAAGGAGAAUGAUUCCAGCCCAGCCAGAGCCGGAUCGAUUCUGACAGCUCCGCUCAGGAAUGCUUUGAAGAAAAUAUCCUGAAGAACAACUACUAAUCUAAUACAAGGUUCGCACGCACUGCCAUACAUUUUCAAUUUGAAGCAUGAAUUAACUGAGAUUGAGGUCCCUACAAGACCAACAAGCUUGUCAAAAAUGGACGGGAAAAGUUGUGAAAACCGGAGCAACUUCCCUUUAUGCGGAGACAACACAACGGCGGCAGCAACAACGAAACUAGUUUGAGCUAAAUCAGUGGAUGAAGUUUGACCGGAAAACCCGUAGAAUCAAGUCGCAUAACAUUGCCUCGUCGGAAGCUCUAAGCUCGGUGGAGACAGAAACCGGUGCCCGUGUGUGUGAACGCCUUUGUUUUGUUUGUUCCAGCCGUGAAGCCAAGUGUUGAAAAGAAAUCUGACAAUCGAGCGAAAACUUUCGGAAAAGUGGUCGCCGCAUCGUGCUGCAAAGAAUGCAGCAGACCCGGCACUCGAGGAUGAUGAACGUUGACAGUGUGGGUGAAAAGUGCGCGGCGGGUGCACAUUGCUGGUGGUAGCGCGCUGAGGCGGAUAACUGUAUUGUUUGACACGGUGAAAUUACGGAUCACGCAAAGUUCGACAGACACUGAGUGGGUUGGGGGAAAGAUCGGAGGAUAAAGUUUUUCCGGUUCAAUUUGCUGGAAGCUGUUUUCUAAAUAUACGUCCCGGGUGAAGCGUUUCGCAGAACAUAGUGUUUCGAAGCUUUUUCGGAGUACAGGGAAAGACAUCCUUUCGUAUCCUCUGUCAUCAGCCAGUCAAAAUGUAAUCCAAAAUUACAUCACAUCAUCGGAUUAUUCACUACCCGUCGUCGUCCAUCGACCACUGGCGGACAGCGUCCAAGGGGCGCUCGAGUAGACACUUACAUUCUAUUGACCGAAAAAUAACCGCCUAAAAACGUCAACGAUUCCCCGAGAAAGACAACGACGUCGGCAGGUCACACGCGGCCAUCGUAGGCCACCAUGAAAGGAUCCGACUCCAGUGCGAAACUAUGGAGCGCCUCACCAGCCAGCAGCAGCAGCAGCAGUCAACUCGAUUUAGCAACGACUCCAACCGCAACGACGUCGACCACGACAAACAGUAUCCAUCUGCAGCAACAGUUUGCAAUGGAAAACAGUCGAAACAGUACCAACGGCGCCGGGCAGUACGAGGACAGCAGGACGGGAUCCGCUGUGAGUUUGCUGCCGGCGGGACGCAGUGGGAGCCCUCCUGGGCCCGGCGGCGGUGGAGGCCUGAAACUGACGACUGGAGCUGACAAAACGAACCACAUCCCAUCGAGCGGAGGAUAUGGGGCCCUACGGUCCGGCGGCGGCGCGUCCUGCACGAUUCACGGCUUCAGCGGUGAAUCGGAAAUCGGUAGCAGUGCUGUAAAUAGUCAUAGCAGUAGUAAUAGUAGCAGUAGUCAUUUCGCGAACGGAGGCAACAACGGCAGCAGUAAGGGAAAUUAUUUUUUCGGCGGGAAUUCCACCGGAUGCCAUCAUCACUCGCAGCAGCGGCAGUAUCAUCACCAUCAUCAGCAACAUCACGGCUCUUCCGGCGGGAGUGCGACAGUGCUGGCCCGCUGCUGCCUGUACCUGACUAAGGGAUUGAACCUGCGGUUAUGUGCCGGUGCGCUAGUUAUAGUUACGAUAGUCUCAAUGCUGUGCUACAAUUACUAUAUGGACAGUUCGCCGAUUGCGAGCUUUAUGCAUCGUGACACACGACCGGCUCCGCUGAUACACUGCCGGAUGCUGAAUGGGAAGGCCACCAUCGAGGCCAGCGCAGCGCCCGACCAUCGGUCCGAGGCGCGACUGCGGAUCGAUCCAAAGGUGCUAGUUUUUGUUGAAACGACCUACUCCCGGCUGGGAAAGGACAUCGCGGAGCUGCUGGUGUACAAUCGGAUCAAAUAUAAAGUGGAAGUGGCCGGUAAGAACGUUCCGGUGCUCACCAUCCAGGACAAAGGACGUUACGGAGUGAUUGUGUUCGAGAAUCUAGAAAAGUAUCUACAGAUGGACAAUUGGAACCGGCAGCUAUUGGAUAAGUAUUGUAGGGACUAUUCGGUUGGAAUCAUUGGGUUCGUAGCGCCAAGCGAGGAGACCCUGGUAGGAGCUCAACUUCGUGGGUUUCCACUAUUUGUACAUACGAAUCUUCGACUGAGAGAUGCUAGUCUAAAUCCGGGAUCACCUGUGCUGAGAUUGACCAGGGCAGGGGAUACAGCAUGGGGUCCGUUACCUGGCGGUGAUUGGGCUAUCUUCCAGCAUAAUCACAGUUCGUAUGAGCCACUUGAAUGGGCUCAAAGGAAUACUCAGGACUAUCCUACCGAUGGAGUGCAACCACCGUUGGCAACGGUUAUUCAAGAUCACGGAAGGGUUGAUGGAAUCCAGAGGGUGUUGUUUGGCUCGGGGUUGAAGUUCUGGUUGCAUAGGCUUCUAUUUCUGGAUGCACUCUCUUACUUGAGUCAUGGUCAAUUGAGUUUGAAUUUGGAGAGACGAAUACUGAUCGAUGUCGAUGACAUUUUCGUCGGAGAGAAGGGCACACGGUUGAAACCUGAUGACGUUCACGCACUGAUUGCCACCCAGAAUCGGAUUCGUAGUAUGGUUCCUGGAUUCAGGUUCAAUUUAGGAUUCUCUGGAAAGUAUUUCCAUCAUGGAACUCAUGAUGAAAAUCUCGGCGAUGACAUGCUUCUACGAAAUGUUCAGCAUUUUACUUGGUUUUCACACAUGUGGAACCACCAGCAGCCACAUUUGUAUGAUAACUUGACAACCCUAAUGAACGACAUGAUCCUUAACAAAGACUUCGCUAAAGAGAAGGGCAUUCCAAGUGAUUCCGGAUAUUCGGUUUCCCCUCAUCACUCUGGAGUGUACCCCGCGCACGAACUUCUAUACAUGGCUUGGAAAAAAGUUUGGAACAUCAAAGUAACCUCUACCGAAGAAUAUCCACACCUUCGACCAGCUAGACUACGCCGAGGAUUUAUCCACCGAAACAUCAUGGUCCUCCCUCGUCAAACCUGCGGCUUAUUCACUCACACCAUGUACAUCGAUCGCUACCCCGGAGGUCGCGACAAGCUCGAUGAGUCCAUACAAGGCGGUGAACUGUUUCAAACCAUUGUCUACAAUCCGAUCAACAUUUUCAUGACCCAUAUGUCGAACUACGGUAGCGAUCGUCUUGCCCUCUACACUUUCGAAUCCGUCAUAAAAUUCAUCCGCUGUUGGACCAAUCUCAAACUGACCUCAGCCCCACCACUCCAGCUCGGAGAAACCUAUUUCAAACUUCAUCCUGAUGAAACGGACCCUAUCUGGGGCAACCCCUGUGAUGAUCCGCGCCACAUCAAGAUCUGGUCCCGCAACAAAAGCUGUGAAACACUGCCCAAGUUCUUGGUCAUAGGACCCCAGAAAACUGGAACCACUGCCCUGUACACCUUCCUUAGUUUGCAUCCCGCCGUCGCCAGUAACCUUCCGAAUCCGGAUACAUUUGAAGAAAUACAGUUCUUUAAUGGAAACAAUUACUACCGCGGUUUGGACUGGUAUCAGAACUUCUUCCCCGUUCAACCGAACGGCACCAACGGUCGCUACAUGUUCGAGAAAUCGGCAACCUACUUCGACGGGGAAUUGGUCCCACGCCGAGCGCACGCUCUACUCGCCCACGCCAAACUAGUCACAAUUCUAAUAUCACCCGCGAAGCGGGCCUACUCAUGGUAUCAGCACAUCAAGGCUCACGGUGAUCCGAUCGCUAACAAUUACAGCUUCUAUCAGGUCAUCAUGGCAAGCGACUCGGCGCCAAAACCGUUGCGGGAUCUUCGUAACCGGUGUCUCAAUCCGGGCAAGUAUGCCCAGCACCUGGAGCGAUGGUUGGCCUACUACCCGCAGCAGCAGUUGCACAUAAUCGACGGCGAGCAGCUCAAAUCCAACCCGGUGGAGGUGAUGAUGGAACUGCAGCGAUUCCUGAAGCUCUCGCCGACGUUCGACUACAGCGAACACCUCCGGUUCGACAAUAAGAAGGGCUUCUACUGCCAGAUUGUGAACGAAAACAAGAACAAGUGUCUAGGGAAGUCCAAGGGCCGCCAGUACCCGCCAAUGGACGACAAAAGUGCCAAGUGGCUACAGAGGUACUACCAAAACCACAACAGUGCCCUGAACAAACUGCUAAAGAAGCUCGGUUCCCGACCCAUUCCGCAAUGGUUGAAGGACGACCUGUCUACGACAUCCUAACAAUUACGGCACCUACAGCACAACCGUCAGGAGGAGGAAGACCCCACUGACGAAGAGGCAGCGGCGGAAACGCCCCCACCAAAACAACCCGAGCAGCAACAGCAGCUGAUGAUGGUCCAGUGCAUCCAACGGCGAUAGUAGUUCCCAGUUCUGUUAAACAUUAGUCAUGUCAUGGUUGAAACAAGUGCUAGUUUGCUAAGGAAGCGCGAUUAUACCUAAUUGUAGAUGUAAAAUUUAGGAUAUAGGCUGAACUAAGGGUCACCCCCGCUAAUGCAAGUUGUACAAAGUUGAUGGGAAUAGUUUGAAUCUGCCUUUUCAUGCCUCUUUGUUCCAGGUAGACAUGAAAAUACGACGCAAGUGUGGGAUGGGUAGGUGCGCAUCGGACCAUAUUUAGUAAUUCGAACAUCAGAAGAAGGUGGUUCAUUCCUUGAAGUUAAUAACGAUGUUAAGCUUAUAAUCUUAAGCAUGGUUAGGUGUAUUUUGCCAUAAGUUCGAGCUUAGUUUGAGAAGCCAAUCAAACGAAAUCAAGUAUUGUUCUUUUUAGAAAUGUGCUAACGUUCGAGCUUUCAACCGUUUACCUCCGAUGAAUAGUUUUGGUUGGUGUCCUCGCUAGGCAAAGCUUUCAGUUCACAACGGAAAACGCUUGAAAGCUCUAUCAAGAGGGAUGUACAUUACAUCCCUCAAGGAUUUUAACUAGUUAACAAUGCAAAGUUAUAAUUUUAAGCAGUUAUCUUUAACUAAUAACGGGUUUAGUUUAGCAAUACGCUUAUUUAAAAAGGGAUUGAUUUUAAUUAAUUAGAUCGGACGCUAUCUUAUUGCUGUCUUUAAACGAUGUGUUUAAAAAUAAAACUUUUCGUGUAUCCACAGGAGUUAAUUGAACCUUGGUUGCCAUAUUUAACUCUAGGUUAGAUGUUUUCCUAAAACCAACAAAAUUGUACUUAUUCCAAACAAAAUCAUGGAAAUCUAUGCAAAUUGAAGCGAAAUCUAGUUGUGUACUUACUAAGAAAAUCCGAUUAACGUUAAGAAAUCAUAAAGCAAAUUACGGACGCAAUGGAAGAGCAAAAUUCUACAUAUCUACCAAAACAAAGAAACUCAUUGAAAAUUACGUCCCAGCGAAUCUUGAUCCCACAUAAAAAAGAAAGUUAAUCAUUAUUUUUAAAAUCCCUAAAAUUACGAAUUGUAAAAUAAGUUGAGGAAACGCGAGUAUCAAGAGCAGCUGGAGGGUUAACAAACGCUUUAAUUUUAUUCUUCAAUCUUCACUCUUAUUCGGACAAGUCUUCAGGAGACAACAAUCUGUUGAAACACAAAACGUGGUCCCACUAAAAGUAGCUUUGUUGGAAUGCGAUGGUUAGUAUGAAUCUUGUAAAUAGUAUGGCAAAAAAAGGAAUGUCAUUGUACAUUCAUAUAACAUCAACCAACAACAGUAUAUAUAGAGAGUAGGGAAGAAUCGAAGUCCGAAGCUGCAUAGAAAUUGCAGUGUUGAAUGUAAGAGCCGAACCGAAGCAGACUACUGAGCUAAAAAUAUAUAACAUGUAAAAUUGA